AUGUUUUAGAAUGAUGGUAAUGGGUAAUCGCCGAAUUGGUGUUCAUCGGAAAGGCAGGCAGUGAAGGUAAUUCGCAAUAAUACAAACCAAUGCCCAGCAAUAAAAAAUCACACAUCUGUGCAUUACAAGAAUUAGAUAUUUAUAUUUGGAGGAUACGAUUCUAAAAAGAAUCACAAUGACAUCCAUAUUUAUAAGGAUGGGAAUUGGACUAAGUGUAAAGCCAAUGGGAAAAUACCGGAGAGUAGGAAUGGACACACGGCUACUGUUGUAGAUAAUAAGAUGUAUGUGAUUGGUGGUUGGCUGGGAAGUGGAAUCUAUGCCAGUAGGGAUGUAUAUGUAUUAGAUCUGGAUUGUUUGAAUUGGACACUAGUAAAUACAAUGGGGGAAGUUCCAGGUCCAUGCAAUAUGCAUAGUGCUGAUUAGAUUGGUUAGUUGAUAUUUAUCUUCCGAGGAGGAGAUGGGAAGGAUUAUUUGAAUGAUCUGCACAGUUUCAAUACCAAAACCAACAUGUGGAAAUUAGUAUAGACAGCAGAGAAUUAGAGACCUCCACCAAGAGCCAAUCACAGUUCUGCAGUGUGGCAAAAUAAACUGUUGAUCUUUGGAGGUUGGGAUGGAUCCAAAAGACUGAAUGAUUUGCAUUGUUAUGAUGUGACAACCAAUAAGUGGUGUGAAUUAAAGCCAAUCCAAUCUCCGAGUGCCAGGGCAGGAAUGUGCAUGACGACUAUUGAGAAUAAGAUCUAUUUGUUUGGUGGCAGUGGACCAUAAACUACUUGUUUUGGAGAUUUGCAAUGUUAUGAUCCUAUUAAAAAUGCCUGGACCACUAUUGAGUUACAGGAUGAUGAAUAAUUUGAUAAGGCCAGAGCAGGUCAUAGUAUGACUGCUAUAGGUAAUCUAAUUUAUAUAUUCGGUGGAUCUUGUGGAUCCUAUUAUUUCAAGGAUUACUUCAUCAUUGAUACUGAUCCACCUCCAAAUAUUUCUGUGACUGAUUUUAAUAAUAUCUCUUUAAACCAGUAUUUCAGAGCAUUUUUCAAUUCGCCUAAGUACAGUGAUAUAAUUUUUGUUGUGGAGGACAAACAUUUGUAUGCUCACAAAAUAGUUCUAUCUCGAUAUGAAAUGUUUAAAAAGAUGUUUGAAUGGGAAUACAAAAAUCAAUAGUAGAAAGUUUACAUCAAUGAUUGUUCGAACCAAAUUUUUGAAUAGUUGUUAUACUUCAUUUACGCUGGAGAUUUACAAUGCGAUUAAUUUUAAUAAUCAGUUGAAUUCUACAGACAAUUUUUGUAAUUGGCUGAUUAUUAUUUGAUACCAGAUUUGAAAUCCUUGUGUGAGAAACAGUUGUCCUUAUUGAUUGAUAACACUACAUUCCCUAAAAUUAAGCUCUAUGCUGAACAAAUGAAUGCAAAUUAAUUGUUAAAAUUUUGUGAAUGGUACGAAAGCCAUAAUAACUGA